AUGAAAAACCUUGACGCAAAUAAAUGUAUUAAACUUAUUAACGGUUUGAAGCAAAAGAAAAACUAUCCUUAUUUCAAUUUACAAUGUUUAAAAAAUAUAAGUAAUGAAAAGGAGAGGAUACAUGAUAACGUUUUAAGAUUUAUUCCUAAGAAUUGUAGGAAAAUAUUAAACACAGAUACUAAAAGUACUUAUGAAAAUACAUUAGAUGAAUUAAUUCAAAAUAAUAAGAAUAAUAAGAAUUAUAAUAUUAAUUAUAAAGUUAUUGAUCAUAAUAAGCCUAAUGAGGAAUCUAAUAUAAAAAAAAAAAAAAAUUUAUUAAUACAUAAUAAAAAUGUAGAUAUUUCUGAUAUAAAUGUACUACCAAAAGAUAAGGAGCAUGAUUUAGUAAUACAUAUAAAAUAUGAACCUAAUGAUAAUAAAAAAGGAGGAAAAAAAGAAAGUCAAGAAAUAUUAUAUGAUAAUGAUGAAGAGAAUUAUGUUAAUGAGGGCAAGAAUAAAUUAUAUAUUAUGAAUAAUUAUCAUAACAAUGAAACAGUAUAUAAUAAUAAGGAGUAUAUUUCUUAUAAUAUGAAUCAAUAUAAAGAUGGAAAAAGAGAAGAUGACAACAAUGAUAGUAACAAUAAUAAUAAUAAUAGUAACAAUAAUAAUAAUAAUAGUAACCAUAUUAAUAAUAAUAAUAAUAAUAAUAAUAAUAAUAAUAGUAAUAAUAAUUUUAAUCUAAAUGUAGAUAAACAAAAGGAAUAUACCAUGUUUUUAAACAAAGACGAUAUAUCAAAUAAAGAUCAAAAACAACAUAACAAUAAUAUUAAUAAUAUAAAUAAUAUUAAUAAUAUCAAUGAAAAAUGUGAUAAUAAUAUAGAUGCACAAAAUAUAGAUAAGGAUGAUAUACUAAGUGAUAACUAUUCAUCAGACAAAAAAAAAAACCAGAACAUCGAAAAGUUUGCUAAGGUUAAAAUAACCAAAGAAAAUAUUAUAAAUAUGAACGAUAUAAAAGAAGAUGUUAAGAAAGUUAAAAAAGUUAUGGUCCAUAAAAAGGAAACAAACCAAUAUAAUAUGAAAGAUGAACAAAAUAAAAAUGUAUAUGAUAUUAAUGUAGAUAUAAAAAAUGAAGAAAAUCAAAAUAUAUAUGAUAUGGAUGUAGAUAUAUCAAAGGUUGAUUCUAAUGUUUUUAAAAAUGAUAAUAUAGGAAAGAAAAAUUAUUUUAGCAGUGGUGGUAUGCAAAGUGGUAAUGUUUUAAAAGAAGAAAUAAAGUCAGAUGAAAAUAAAAUUAAUUUUCAAAUGAAGAGUGGUAAAAGUAAUAAGAAAUGUUUAUAUCCUCAUGAGAUUGUUGAAUACUUAAAUAAAUAUAUUAUUGGUCAAAGUGAAGCUAAAAAAGUUGUUGCUAAUGCAUUACGACAAAGAUGGAGAAGAAUACAAGUUAGUGAUGAUAUGAAAAAGGAUAUUAUUCCAAAAAAUAUUUUAAUGAUAGGACCAACAGGGGUAGGCAAAACUGAAAUAGCUAGACGUAUAUCUAUGUUUGUUGAUGCUCCAUUUAUUAAAGUGGAAGCAACGAAAUUUACUGAGGUUGGAUUUCAUGGUAAAGAUGUAGAUCAAAUUAUUAAAGAUCUAGUUGAAGUAGCUGUAAAAAGACAAAAAACAAAAUUUGAGAUUGAAAUUAGAGAACAGGCUGAAGAGACUGUUGAAAAUAUUAUUCUUUAUUCAUUAUUAGGUAAUAUAAAAGAAGAAGAAAAAAAUAUAUGGAGGAAAUAUUUAAAAGAUGGAUCAUUAGAUGAUAAAGUAAUAAGUAUAGAUAUUCCUAAUUAUAUUAAUAACAAUAUUUUUUCAAAUGAUUCUGUUGAAAAUGCUGUAAAAGAGGCUUUAAGUAAUCAUCAGAAUAUAAAGAGUGUAAAAAUAAUACAUCAAAAUAUAAAUAAACAAAGUGAUAAAAAAACUAUGACAAUAAGAGAAGCAAGACAAAAAUUAUUACAAUUAGAAAUUGAUUCUUCUAUGAAUCAAGAGACUAUAUUAAAAACAGCAAUAAGUUCUGUGGAAGAAGAAGGUAUUGUAUUUAUAGAUGAAAUUGAUAAAAUUUGUUCAAAGUCUAAUUCUUCAUAUAAUGGACCAGAUGCAAGUGCUGAAGGUGUGCAAAGAGAUCUAUUACCAUUAAUAGAAGGAUGUGUUAUAAAUACUAAAUAUGGAAAUAUAAAUACAAAUUAUAUUUUAUUUAUAGCUUCAGGUGCAUUUCAAAGAGUUAAACCAAAUGAUAUGUUAAAUGAAUUACAAGGAAGAUUACCUGUACAUGUAACUUUAUCUAGUUUAACUAUCAAAGAUUUUAUAGAUAUAUUGACAAAAACACAUAAUAACUUAUUACAACAAAAUAUAGCUCUACUAAAAACUGAAGGUAUAGAUCUCAAAUUUACUGAUGAUGCAAUAGAAACAAUAGCAAAUGCAGCACAUGAUAUGAAUUUCUAUGUUGAAAAUAUAGGUGUCAGAAGAUUACAUACAAUCAUUGAAAAAAUUAUGGAAGAUAUUAAUUAUGAUGUAUACAAUUAUGUAAACCAAUCUAUUGUAAUUGAUAAAGAGAAAGUCAACAAAUCUCUCGAAGGAUUUAUUAAACAAUAUGACUUAAAAAAAUAUAUCAUAUAA